UCGCAACUAAUCGCCAGAUCGUGCCUCACCAGCAGGAGUUCUGCCCAAGGAGAAAGUUUUAUCUCGGGUUUGUCGAGAAAUUCUUGAUUUGAAAUCAGAAAUCAAAAAUAAUAUCCAUAGGAAUUCGAUGACGUAGGCAUCACCCGAUUUGAUUAUGUCAUCAGAUUGGGAAUCCUUUUGCGCAUGGCGCCUUGAUACCGGUGAUUUUAAUUGUCGUUUUAAAAUUUAUUGACAGUUUAACAAUCUCUGAAAUUCCCCAGGUGACUCUCGAUAGGUAGUUAUCGAUAAUAAUUAAUAAUCUGGUGACAGGCGGUGAUCGAAGGAAAGGACAUCGUUGGAUUUUUGCUACGGCCCUGAGAAAUCUUCCAACAUCGAACUUCAGUCAAAAACUGUCUGGCACGUCGUCGACGUCGACUUUGUCGUCAGAAGGUCUCGGUGUGUCCGAUAAUUAGUCAUUAACGUACGUUUUGAACUGUUGGACAUCCAAGUGCUGAUUUGUUUGUAAUUUUCUCGUGAGGGGGCAAUAAACCGAAAAAUACUUAUUUGGAGACUGGGGCAUGUGGCAACGACCGGAGUCAUCAUCAUCAGGGAUUAUUCAAAAUUCGCGGUUUUGGGGUGUCAAGAUUGACUAGGCGAUUUAUGUGAUAAUUCUGGAAAUGCCGAAGAACUCUGUUGAAAAGAUUAUGGAUAACGAGGUGAUUGAUAAGGUGGUGACGAGUAUUCGGAAUGGAGAUGAGUCACCGAGUCCUAGGGAAAGUUCUCCUGUUCAUCCUUCAAUUUGCAAGGAAGCACCUUUCAGCGAUGAUCCUGAUGCCCUCCUUGAGAGGGAUUUCUGCGAUUACAACACAAAAAUCACUUUAAAAAUGGCGAGAAGUGGAAAAGCUCCAAGACGUGUGAGAGUUUACGCCGAUGGUAUUUAUGAUCUGUUCCACCAGGGACACGCCAGACAGCUGAUGCAGGCGAAGAAUAUUUUUCCAAACGUCUACCUCAUAGUUGGAGUUUGUAACGACGAGCUGACACACGAGAAAAAGGGGCGAACUGUUAUGACCGAUUUAGAGAGGUACGAGGCCGUCAGGCAUUGCCGUUACGUCGACGAAGUCGUUCGUGAUGCACCGUGGGAACUUGACGAAGAAUAUUUAGCAGCCCACAAGAUUGAUUUCGUGGCCCACGACGAUAUUCCUUACUCCUCAGACGACGCAGACGAUGUUUAUGCCAUGAUCAAAGCCAAAGGAAUGUUUGUAGCUACCCAGAGGACCGAGGGUGUCUCCACGUCUGAUAUCGUAGCUCGAAUCGUCAAAGAUUAUGAUAUUUACGUGAGGAGAAAUCUCGCGAGGGGAUACAGCGCCAAAGAACUCAAUGUUUCGUUUCUCAAUGAAAAGAAAUUUCGAAUUCAAAACAAACUGGACGACCUGAAGGACAAAGGAAAACGAGUGAUGGAGAAUAUCGAGGAGAAACGAAUGGACAUGAUAAGCAAAUGGGAGGAGAAAUCGCGGGACUUCAUUGACGCAUUUCUUCUUCUCUUCGGGAGGGAAGGGAGACUGUCCACCAUUUGGAACGAGAGUAAGGGACGCCUCAUGCAGGCACUUUCACCUCCAGCUAGUCCUAAAAGAGCUGGAAGUCCUGAUGGUAGUUGUGGCAGUAAUGAUGAUGAUCAUACCAGUCCACCACCAAAGAAAGCUGGUCGCUACGAAUUUUCUCAACCGAGUCACUAUCUGAGUGAUGACUACAGUGACGAUGAAGAGUCAAAUCUCCACUCGAAAUGAUUUAAAAUAAGUUAAUCAUCUAUUGCAUUCUCCUCUCGUUCAUCCUCGUCACCUGAUCACUCGUGUGAUAAUUUCAGGGCGAACUGAAGCACAAUUAGGUUGACUCAUUAAUUUAUAAUCGAUUGACAUGUACUGUAUUUAAGGAGAAUGAAAAUUCAGUCAACUCCACGAACUGGAAAUGAUUUUUGAUCGAUUGGGAGUUCAAUACCGGAUCUGACUUUGUGAAUUCUGUUUAUUUAUGAUGAUAAUGAUUGUUUCGUUGUUUUUUUUUUUAUUCGAGUGGAUUGUCAAUUUAUUUAUGGAGAUGUGUCUGUGUGAAUUUGGUAUUUAUUUGAGAGGAAGGAGAAACGAGUGUGACAAAGUUAAAUUCAUGAUACCAGCAACGAGUAAAUGAAAAUCUUCAAUAUCUUGAGAUCCACUGGUGGAAUUUCGAUCGAUCGGGGCUUAACUUGAAGCCGGAAAUAAUAUCUAGAAAAUGAAAAUUAAAUCGAUAAUUUUCACUCAACCAAUCUCGAGAUAUCGACGAUCUCAAUUUCGCUUCACACUUUUGUUCAUUUAAUCAUUCUCGUAUUUGUACUGAUUAUCACUUUUGAUUCAUUUUCUGUUGAUUUGAUCCACUUUUUUUCCCACGAGACAUUGAUUUCACUAGAAUUUCUGGAUGUUAUUCACUGUAUGGAGUGCACACCGGCUUUAGAAUGAAUUAUUUCGUUGAUUUAGAAUGAAUUUAUUUCGUUUAUUUAUAACUGAUGAGGACAAUAGCACACUCUCUUUAUUUCUAGGCUAUCUGUUAAUGCUGAUAUUGAAAAUAGUGAAAGUUAACAUUGAGAAUAAAAAUUGUUUUCACGGAAUAAAUUUUUUUAACUCUGAGGAGAUCUGAAUGAUUUUUUUUCUCAAUGCAGAAUUAGAUGGUACGAUUGACCAAUGGUGCCUAAUUUAUGGGUCAAUUAGUGAUCCUAACGUUCAUGCUGACAUACUCAUGAUGAUGAUUGCUGUAAUGAGGUAUUAAUGCACUUGAUGAGAGAUUUUUGGAGAUCACUGGAGUCAGUGGUUAUGCGAUUUCGAGGAGUACAUGAAUUUCAAAAAAAAAAUUCUGUUUAUUUUAAUCUAAAUCUCCAAAUCUACCAGAGAUAUCAAAAUUUUCGUUAUUACCUUUUUUGUAGUCCUCAUUGCGCUCCCCAAAAAUGGUUAUUACACAAAUUUUUAUAGCUCUCGCUGAUUCCGAGAUAUUGGUGAAAGAACGAGCGAAAUUGUUAAGGCGAGUUUUAUUAUUUUGCUAAUGAUUUUAUGGUCGGAUUUUUUACGAGAGAAAUCGAUAAAUUACUGUGGAAAUUAAUUGAAUCAUUAGGUUUUAGUGUUCUGGGGUCGGCGAGGGCGAUUUCGUUUAGAGUGACUUGAAAUUAAAUUCACAGGAAUAAAUCAGCAGCGAAGAGAUGAUAUUUCGGUUUUAAUGGGUAUUGAACUGUCGGUCUCUUCGCUACUGGAAUACUUAUUUAUUGAUCGAACUAUUAGAGCAAUUGAAAUAACGAAUAUAUACCGAGAUCGUUGUUUAAUAUUAAUAUAUAACGACCACAAUAAACAGUGAGCAAAUA